AUGGGUUUCUCUCAACUGGCCCUGCUGGCUUGCCUGACAGUCGCAGAAGCGGCAACAACACCAAGAUCCCAGUCACUGCAUCUUGUGCACCGAGCAAACGACAGCCUGCCGGCGAUAUUCGGUUCAAAUGGCACCACUACCCUCAAAGGGACUACUACGACUCCGGGCGUCGUUGUCCUUGACUACGGGGCUAACGUCGAAGGCCGUCCCACUUUCGAAGUCCUUUCCGCUACCGGCGACACGUCUGGUCUAGAGAUCACGUAUAGCGAGACUAGAGCGGUACUGGACAGUUUCUACACCAGCGACGGUCCAAUCGCUUUGGCCGCAGCUAUGGACACCUACAGAGUCAAUCAGUACAAUGUCACUGGGCCUAUGAUACAUACCAAUCGACUCAUACAGGGUGGCUUCAGAUACCAGAAGCUCAAUCUCUCGACAACAGGCGAACUGGUCUUGAAGAACGUGGGUGUGAGGCCUACGAUUGCGAACAUACCCCUUGAUCAACUACCGGGCUACUUUGAGACCUCGGACGAGGAUCUCAAUCGGAUUUGGAAGGUUGGAGCGCGGACGGUUCAAUUGAAUGACAUUCCUGCGCACUCCAUUCCGGCGUUCUGGCAGGUCUCCUCCGAAGGUUCUCUGGUAGAGAGCCAGGCACCUCAAGUUCUGUCAGGCGGUGCCGCUGCUGGGUUGAUGAGUUAUCAGCUUGCAUUCGAGGUCAAGCCUAUUACCAAAGGAUUUGGAUUCUCUGUACUGGCCGACACUCUCAACUCCGGAAUCUACAUCUUCUGCAACAUUGCCAACGGAUCGAUCUCAGCACACUUCGGAUCUACAGAGGACUCUCCUCCACUUGCAUUCGUAGAACUGCCAGCGAACAUAACCCUUGGUAGCUGGCACAAAGUGGAAGCCACUGUGGAUACGACUAGCAUCGUGGUAUCUUUCAACAAGGUUCCCGUUCUACAAUUUUCGCAGACUUCUGCAUUUUUCGGAUCUUUUGGAUUGGGCGCGUCAUUCGGCCACUCUGCCGUUUUCCGCAACUUGACUGCUACGACUCUGACGGGCCAAUCGAUCUAUUCCGCAUCUUUGACAGAUGAGGCUUUCCUGCCAGACUUUCUCAUGGGCACAAACCCGCACGACACAACUGUCGACGGCUCGAAACGCGACCGUAUUGCGUAUGCAGGCGAUCUGGACAUUGCGCUCGUGUCCUCGCUGUCGAGUACCAAUGGCAUCAGUUACAUCAAAGGCACGCUCGAUCUUCUCGGUUCCUUCCAACUGACCCCAGGAUUCUUCGCACCCACAGCAAAGAUCCAACAAGAGCCACGUUCCACCCCGGUCGAUGCCAAUGUCACUGGUCUGAUUGGCUACUCUUUCAACCUCCUCACCGCAGCUGCAAACUUCUACAUGCGCACCGGCGAUGUCGAUAUGCCAAAGAAAUGGGCACCCAAAGCCGUACGCAUGUUGGACUGGGCACACUCUCAACUUCUGCCCGAAAGCGGGUUGUUGAACAUCACCAACCCUGCCUUGGGCGGCGACUGGAAUUACUACGAUCCGUCACAGGCGGGUGUUGUUACCAAGUUCAACAUGGUCUACGCAUACGCACUCCAGGAGUGCAUCAGACUCCUUGCAGACGGUGGCAUCGACACCGAGCCAUACACUACCCGCCUCGAUGCUCUGCGCAUCGCGAUCGACCAGAACCUUUGGUCGGAUGAACUCAACGCCUACUACCUCUCCCAGUCCAUCAACAACAGCUUCGCACAGGACUCGAAUGCCCUGGCCAUUCUCGCUGGCGUGACCAGGUUCAACCACACGUCAUCCCGCGUUCUGAGCACCCUCCGUCAGCUUUCAACACCAAAAGGCCCUCUCGCUUUCUCGAACGGAACUAUCGCAGCAGGGUUCUCAGAGUUCAUCAGCCCCUAUGCAAGCGCCUAUCACCUUCGUGCCGCAUUCGAGGCCAACGACAGCGAGACGACCAUGGAUCUGCUCAAAAGCCUAUGGGCGCCAAUGGCCAACCCGCAGGGAGCUAACUACACCGGAUGCUUCUGGGAGACCUUGGACGCAGCUGGAAACAAGCCAUUCGCAUCUUAUCCCCGCAACAUGAACACCCUGCAAGAAGCAAGCCGGGUAUACAAGGCGUUCCAGAAAGGAGGCCCGACUUUCGGAGGAUGGCAGAUGCUUCCAGGCACGAACCACGCGCGGGCAAUUGCCCGUUCAGGCGUUGAUUGGAUAUGCGUCGACACCGAGCACGGCAACAUCAACGACAGCCAAAUGCACGAAGCCGUAACCGCCAUCGCCCACGCGGGCGUAAGCCCCCUCGUUCGCAUCGCCGCCAACGAACCGUGGAUGGUAAAACGCGCCCUCGACAGCGGCGCCCACGGCGUCAUAGUCCCGCUCAUCUACACCGUCGACGACGCCAAAAAACUCGUUUCCUCCGCUAAGUUCCCGCCAGAAGGAACGCGCGGCUUCGGCUCACCGCUACCAACACAGUGCUUCUCAAACGAACCACUAACGUACUACUUGCGCCACGCAAACACUUCGCUCCUUACCAUUGUACAGAUAGAAACCGCGUCGGCGCUGGCCUGCUGCCGUGAAAUUGCCGCCUUGCCCGGUGUCGACUGUUUGCUGAUCGGGCCCUUUGAUCUCGGCAACAACAUUGGUCAUCCUAUUUUGACUCCACAGAUGGAUAAGGAGUUGGAGGAGGCGAUUGAGACGAUCAAGGAGGCGGCGCAUGCGGAGGGGAAGAAGGUGGCUAUGUAUUGUAACUCGGGAGAGGAUGCGAGGGGGUAUGUGGAGAGGGGGUUUGAUAUGGUAAGUGUGUUGACGGAUCAGAUGGGGAUUACGGGGGCGUUUGAGCGGAGUUUGGGGGUUGCGAGUGGGAAGGUGGAGGGGAGUGGGGUCAAGGGGGUUAAGGGGUAUGAUGGCAGGUAG